GUAUUAUCUAGAGCUUUUCUGAUUGGCCUAAAUUCCAAGAGCUAAAUACAAGGCUGUAUAUUUUCGGCAAUAGCAUUUCAACAAAGAAACAGUAGUAACAGCCUCGUCUUCUAAACCUCUCCAUACCUAACAACUUUUCUUUAUUUACUCACUCUAGGUCCUCUAGGACUAUCGCAAUACUUCCUCUCGGUAACGCUAUAUCAAGAACUAUCAUAUCAUUUGCAGGGUUAUGCUACUCUUCAGAACGCCCCUCAACAAUGCUCUUAAGGUAUUCUAGGAAACCCCCAGCUGCGUAUCUACCUACAUUUAGAGCUUAGGUAUCCCUUCCUUUCUUCCCUUCUUUUCUAAUUGCAUAAUACGACACCUCCCGACGCGGAGGAUACUUUAUCCAUUCAAUUCUUACCGAUCCUUUCGAAAUCCGAACGGUACAAGCACGAACCCCAAUUCAGAGCGUAAUUAGACCAUGGCCGACUCCGAUGGCGAAUUCCAGGCUGAUGACGCCUCCGAUGACGAGUUCGGCGAUCACCAGGUAACAUCCAGUACCCGAAACGAUACGCGAUCGCGGAAUCGGACCGACAAGAGCAAGAAGAGUACUCGGAAGGGCGCGAAGGCCGCCUGGGAAGAUAUCCAACGGUCGUGGGACACAGUCGUCGAAGAUGCCGACGGUACGCUCACGGGGGCGAUCGAGGGUCGUGCCGAAGCAGAGAAGCGGGCGCGACUGCUUAAGGAUACGACGCCCUUACAACGUGGUAUCAUACGACACCUUGUUUUAGUUUUAGAUAUGUCCUUCGCCAUGCUCGAGAAGGACCUGCUGCCCAGCAGGUACGAACUGGCCAUGGCCUACGCCUCCCAAUUCGUGAGAGAAUACUUCGAGCAGAACCCUAUCUCCCAACUAGCGAUUAUAGGCAUGCGGGACGGCGUCGCAGUCAGAAUAAGCGACAUGAGCGGGAAUCCAACAGACCACCUAGAGAAGUUACAGGGCUGGGUCAAGCAGGACCCUCAGGGAAACCCAAGUCUGCAAAAUGCCCUGGAGAUGUGCAGGGGUGCUCUAUUCCACACACCAUCGCAUGGAACGAGAGAGGUCGUGAUAGUCUACGGCGCCUUAAUGUCUAGCGAUCCGGGAGACAUACAUGAGACGAUUAAUGCGCUAGUCACCGAUAGGAUACGCGUGUCUAUAGUAGGCCUCGCCGCACAAGUAGCUAUCUGCGACGAACUCUGCUCGAAGACCAAUGAAGGAGACAACUCCAGCUAUAGUAUAGCUUUACACGAGGAGCAUUUUAGGGAUUUACUAAUAGCAAUCACGACGCCUCCCGUCACGCGCACGCAAGAGCAGAGCAACGCUAGCUUGCUUAUGAUGGGCUUCCCUUCGAGGACCCUCGCGGUCGGCGGCAGUACCCAUUACUGCGCAUGCCACAACCGGCCAACGCGCGAAGGCUACGGCUGCACCCGCUGCGGAUCCCGCGUCUGCAGACUACCCGCCGAGUGUCCCGGCUGCGGACUCACACUCAUCUUAUCCACACAUCUAGCCCGAUCAUACCACCACCUGUUCCCACUACGCAACUGGGUCGAAGUACCAUGGACCGAAGCCAAGCGCUCCAAGGCCUGCUACUCGUGUCUAACGCCGUUUCCCGAGCCUGCCAAACCCAAAAUCACGGUCAAAGGCAAGGAGAAGACGGGCGGCAGCGGUGGCGCAAAACCACCGCCGCCGAGGGGUCUCAGCGAGUCUGGUAGGUACGCGUGCGAGGUCUGCAGGAAUCACUUCUGCAUCGAUUGCGAUUUGUUCGCUCACGAGGUCCUGCAUAAUUGCCCCGGAUGCCAGAGCGAUACUCGAGACGCGCAGAAUGGCGAUCCCGGCGGCGGCAGUAGUAACGGCGCUAUGGAGAUAGAUUCGUAAACCCUUGGAUGGGCUCAAAAGGAAAUUCGCGUAGUGCGAGCGAGAUAGAUCAUAUAUCAGAUCGGGUCUGUUACAAGGUUGGCGUAGUCUGUUACUUACUUGCUUGCUUGUUUGCUUAGGGGCUGGAUCUUUUUUUUCGAUGGAAUGCCGUGCCUUCUGGCAUAUGACCACUACCUACCUAUUAUUAUUGUUGCAUGGAAAAGGGGGCGUUGGCGGGGCCGCAUACUAGUACUACUACUACUUAUACUUAUCAUUACUAGAUAGGGGAUUUUGCACCGGACUCGUUCGAGGACGCGGUUAUUCUUUCGUAUAGAGAGGGGAAGAGGAAGAGGAAGAGGAAUAUAAAUGGCAUCCGAAUGGAAUGAAUGACAGAAGAUUAGCUAGCUAGCUAGCUAGCUAUUCUAUUUAUAAAGGCGGCUUUGUAGCGGCUACAUGUACAGAGUUAUAGCAUCGUCCUCCCCAAGCCAUCAUA